AUGCUCCUACAUCCUUCAGUACGUAAGGAUCUCAUCACUGAACCGUCUCGAGAGAACUACAACUACAACAACAUCAACAAUCCGUUCCUGCUACUGCAACACCAGCCGUCGUCGUCGUCGCCGUCGCAAGAUAACCAGCUCCCACCGGAGUGGUUUACCAGUCGCCAGCUGCCGCUCUAUCAGCAGCAGCAGUCUUCUACUUCCUCCUCGACCUUGCAGUCGCCUUUCCAGCAGACCGUCGACCUAGACCUUCACCUUCACCACCAUAACGCCUCCCCUUGUUCCUCCAUCUCUGCGUCGCCCACCUUCUCCUCCCCGUCGUUCGCAUCAAAUCAGUCGCCUGCGACGGCCAUAUCCUCUGAUUUCUCAACCGCCUACGACUGCGGUUUCUCGGACGCUCCUUCGAUGAGCGCCUCCUCGUCCUUCAAUCCUUCCAUCAGGAUCCAUCCGUCCCCCUCGUCGCGACAGUUCCAGUCGCAAUAUACCGGUUCGCCAAUGCUGGCGCAACAGGCAGGCCCCAACACCCAUCUCAGCCCGGCUGGGUUCCAGAACGGUGGUGUUUUGCGGGGAUCAGGAUUCCAGAGCCAGCACAAGAGAGCCUCCUCGGGCUCGUCCGGCGGCGCAUCAAAUUCGCCACUCGCUGCGGCCGCUCCGAACGGCUACAACUCGCAGGCCUCGUUCUCGCCGUCGACAUCGCUGAACGGCUACGAGACUUCCUUGUCGAAGCCACUACCCACGCCAGUGCAGACGCCCGUGCAGAAUUCUUUCCUGGCGGCACCCUUCCAGAAUGGUGACAACGCUGAAGCAGAGAUGGCGAUGCGACGGGCGAUCAUGGAGCAGCAGCGACAAAAUCAGCAACAGCAGCAGCAGCAACAACAGCAGCAACGGUACCAGGGCUCUGGGGAGGAGGAAUCUUCCUUCCAGUACUCCCUUGCGCCUUCGGUCUCCAGCGUGAGCCACAACUCUCCUGCGACUCCGCAGACUACGUACGAUGAGGUCGACGAUGGAUCGAAGGCGAUAGCCCAUGGUGAGGACCGAUUUCCUGACGUUGACCGGUGGAUGGAUGAAUACUUACAACUCGAUGCGUCUUCAGAAUUUGACGGCCAGAAUUCCAAUAACGCCCAGAUGGGUGUCCCCAAGCUGGACCGUACCAUCUCCGAUAUCUAUCAGGACGAGCUGUAUAACCCGCAGAUCAUCCCGGCGCCCCAGCUCCGCAAGCAGCCUACGAACCAGCACCUGUACUCGCCUUACCGCAACCUGUUCGCGGACCGUCUCCAGGCGGCGCAUCAGGGACACAUCUCUGCGCGCUCUCAGUCACCGGCCAACGCCAUGAACCGGGAGCGCUCGUCGCCCUUCCGACAGGGCUCGCCGCUGGCGGCUGACUUCGGUGCGGCGCCCAUGCCGCAGAACAACAUCACCUCGGGCAUGACGAUGUCGCAACAGAACAGCAUGAACCCCGGCGAGCCCAAGACGAUCUCCCCCAAGGAUGCGCUCCUGGAGUACCACGAGACCCCCGAGGACAAUGGCUUGCCGUCGCUGUUCCCGUCGAACCAGAACGGCGGCGACUUCAACCUUGCGGAUGCGAUGAGCCUGCGCCGCCAGAGCUCUUCUGCCUUCCAGCCUACACAGAACUACUCGGCCAUGGAGGCCUUCCCGAGCCAGUACGCGACCCAAGCCGCCGGUCUGGGACAGCCGUACCAGUUCAUGCAGCCCAUGCAGCAGCAGCAGCAUCAGCAGCAGCAUCCUCGCAGCCAGCCGCAGAACAACAGCCUGAUCCAUCACACGCCGGAGUUCCCAGCUUCGCUCCCUACGAUGGAGUCUACGGGCAGCGAGUCUCAUGUCGACCUGUCUGCGCCACAGAGGCGGCAGCAGCAGCAGCAGCAGCAGCAGCCGCAGGCGCAGCCGUUGAGCCGGAGACCUGACAAUACGGCCUCCGAUGCUGGUACUUACACAUGCACCUACCACGGCUGCACGAUGCGCUUCGAGACACCGGCCAAGCUGCAGAAGCACAAGCGGGAAGCUCAUCGCCAGACCACGCCCGGGGGCCACCUCGCGCGCGAUCCGCAGACGGGCAGCCUCGCGAUGCGCAACUCCCAGGCGGGCCCUCACAAGUGCGAGCGGAUCAACCCUUCUACGGGCAAGCCCUGCAACUCGAUCUUCUCGCGGCCUUACGACCUGACACGACACGAGGACACGAUCCACAACGCUCGGAAGCAGAAGGUCCGCUGCCACCUCUGCACCGAGGAGAAGACGUUCUCGCGCAACGACGCACUAACGCGGCAUAUGCGUGUCGUGCACCCGGAGGUCGAUUGGCCGGGGAAGCAGAAGCGCAAGGGCAGAGACUGA